UUUUUACUGUGCGACUGCAACAGGAAACUAUAUAUACGAUAGAAGCCAUUAAUAACAUUAUUGGAAAAGAAACGAUUGAUGAAUUUGAGAAUAGAAUUGCGAAGGUCGUCUCAAACCUUAAAUUUCCACGUAAAGCAAGCACUGUUCUGAUUGCUGAGGAUUGCGUCAUCAAUGCCAUUAUACAGAAAUUCAUCCGUAACGGGAAUAAAUUAACCAGAAAACAGCACUUAACAAUAACCAAACGAAUUCCUCAACUUUCUUUGAUGCAUUUCGAUAUCGAUAGUAAUGGAAGAUGGAAGCCAAGUUGUGCAUCGCUACCUGGUCUGCAGGGUACCACACGUGCAAUGUUCAAUCAGCCUGAUGUCAGUUUCUUGAUCAGACCGACAUGUGACUUUUGA